AUGUUGUCUGCGGAGUCCAGUUUGGGGCAGAGUUCCACCCCCGGAGUUGCCGUGGCCCUAACGCAUUGUCAGCCCCCAGAGCAAUUCAAUUUUAGUUUCCCUGAAGAGUGGCCUAAGUGGAUCAGACGCUUAGGAAGAUGCCGCGUGGUCAGCGGGCUGAAUUUAAAGCCUCACGAAGAACAGGUCAACGCCCUCAUAUAUGUUAUGGGAGAUAAGGCCGAAGAUGUACUGCUGUCUUUGACCUUGAGCGAAGCCGACAUGACGAUCUACGAGACCGUUGUAGCCGCUUUUGACAAGCAUUUUGUGGUCAAGCGGAAUAUCACCUAUGAACGAGCAAAGUUCCGUUCUCAAAAAGAGGGAGAGCCCGUCGAAGAGUUCAUAACGGAUCUGCAUGCUCUUGCCGAACAUUGCAAGUUUGGGUCCCUACGCGAUGAGCUGAUUCGGGACAGAAUUGUUGUUGGAGUAAAAUACAGAGUUCUCCCAGAAAAGAUGCAAUUGAAUCCUGACCUUACGCUGGAGAAAGCCACGACUAUGGCUCGACAGACGGAAACGGUUAAGAAGCAACAAGCGUCGAUGCAGCUAGGUCCCGAAAACAAGGUUCAACGAGUCAAAAGUUCCAAGUUAUUGGUGCAGAAGAGCGCUGCUGGGCACGCACAUAAAUCUGCAACCAACAAUGGAAGGACAGGGCAUUCUGCUAACUCGCGAAGCGGGAAUUUCUGUCGGAAAUGUGGUCGUUCUCCACAUCGCAGAGAUAGUUGCCCAGCAAGAAAUGCAAAAUGCAAUAACUGCAACAAAAUGGGGCAUUACUCCCGAGUAUGUUUAAGUGCUGCAGCUGUCAGGGUGGUUUCAGAAGAACCCGCGUUUCUCGGCACAAUAAACGUCGAAGGGCCCAAGCGUUGGCUAGCGCCAAUAAACCUUUGCGGAGCUACGCUGGAUUUUAAAGCCGACACGGGAGCCGAUGUAACUGUAGUCUCUGAGGAGACAUAUCAUACACAUUUAUCGACGAUUCCGUUAAACAAGCCAAGCAGAAUACUGAAAGGGCCGAAUCGGAGCAAGCUUCAAGUCCUGAGCGUAAUAAAAGCUGAACUCGAAUACCGGCUGAAGAAGCUGUCCACGGAUGUUUUUGUAAUUAGAGGUCUAGAAGAACCCCUAUUGUCUAACGAAGCCCUUGGUCUUGUGAAAAGACUCUUCGAAGUUACGGCGAUAGAAUCGGCGACGGAAUCUAGUCUUCAACCUGUAAGAGAGUUCCCAAAGCUGUUCCAAGGACUAGGCUGUGUCAAGAUACCCUAUCAUGCACGUUUGAAACCGUACGCCGUACCCUUUGCGCUUUCAGCCCCGCGCAGAGUACCCCUUCCUCUCAUAGAAACGAUAAAGAAGGAAAUUGACCACAUGGUCGCACAGGGAGUCAUCGUACCGGUAGAUGAGCCUACGGAAUGGUGCUGCGGCAUGGUAAUUGUGAAAAAGCCAAAUGGAACUUACCGAAUUUGUGUUGACUACACCCCGUUGAACAAAUUCGUAGAAAGGGAACUUCAUCCUAUGCCAGUCACAGACCAUGCCAUCGCUCAGAUAGGCGUCUCCAAGUACUUCUCAAAGUUGGAUGCGAAUUCUGGCUACUGGCAGUUUCAGCUAACCGAAGAGUCGCAGUUACUUACGACCUUCAUAACUCCCUUUGGUCGCUUCAAGUUCACAAGGUUGCCGUUUAGGAUAUCGUCAGCACCCGAGUUUUUUCAGAAGAAGAUGGCUCAUACCGUCUUUGGCUUAAAUGGAGUCGUCUGCAACAUGGAUGACAUCCUCGUUCACGCGAAGACAAGAGAAGAGCACGAUGACAGAGUACGCAAGGUUCUCGCUCGAUUGCAAGACUAUGGGGUGACCUUGAGCAAAGACAAGUGCGUCUUCGGUGUUCAACGAGCAAAGUUCUUGGGUCAUAUCAUCGACGAAGAAGGAAUCCAUCCAGAUGACACAAAAGUGAAGGCCAUUCAAGACAUGAAGCCUCCCACGUCUCUUACGGAACUAAAAAGUUUUCUUGGAAUGGUGAACUACCUCGGAAAGUUUAUUCCUCAUCUGGCUGAUAUUUUGCAACCUGAUGGGACGUAUCGACCUGUCGCAUAUGCUUCACGAAGUCUCACGGACACGGAGAAGAAGUAUGCUCAGAUAGAAAAGGAGGGACUCGCCAUUGUGUGGGCAUGCGAUAAGUUUCGGGAUUACAUCACGGGGAUGCACAUCACUAUCGAGACCGAUCACAAGCCCUUAAUUCCAACCUUCAUGAACAAACCUUUGGACGACAUAACCCCUCGUCUACAAAGGAUGAAGCUGAAGCUGAUGCGGCACUCUUGUGAUUUGGUUCAUGUCCCAGGAAAAUCCGUCCGAAUCAUGUCCGAAGCCCGCUGCCGGACAUGGAAAGCAGUGGGCUAUCAGAGAUUGUCCCAAAUCAAGAAGGCGCAAUACGAAGACACUUCGUGUCAGAUGCUGUCGAAUUACCUUCAACAAGGCAGGCCAGACAAAGCACUUGUUGACUCGAGCUGUAAGAACUACUGGUAA